AUGACUCCCUCGUUGCCUUCUCUACCUGUGAAGCAUCACGACUUCGUGCAGUACAUUCAAUCGCACCCGGAAACACCCAUCGAGGAGCUCGUCAAGCCUUACAAUGCAUUCGAUGCUUCAGCACGAAAGAUCUUCGCUCAAGAUCCAGCACACGCUCUGGUGAAGGACAAUUUUGCUAAUAUCGUCCCCAUCUUCGACACCACGACAGGUUCCACAGAUAUUCGUGUUCGGGCACGAGAUUUGAGCGCAGAGACCCCUGAGCAGAAGGAGAAGUAUAUUCUACCUCUUCCCCACGACAAGCGCAGACUCAAUGGCUCGCACGCUGUUGUUCCAUCUCUGGCUGAGUUCCAGAACAAUUUUGCCCUCUUCACUGAGGGUGCAUUGGGCGACCUGGACUGGAGUAACGUCGUUGCUGCCGGCAGCGCCGUUGUGACAUCUCUACUACCAGUGCCCGAGAAGUAUCGCAACUCUAAGCGAGGUCUCCGCCAAUACUAUCAUGAACAAUUUGCUCCGGCGUCAGAUAUCGAUUUGUUCCUGUAUGGCUUGACUGAGGAGCAAGCUAUCGAGAAGAUCAAACACAUCGAAAACAGUAUCCGUAACACGAUCCUGUACGAGACUACGACAAUUCGUACGAAGAACACUAUCACUAUUGCCUCGCAAUAUCCCCAGAGACAUGUGCAGAUUGUUCUUCGAAUCUACCAUUCGGUAGCCGAAAUCCUCACUGGAUUCGAUGUGGACUGUUCCUGUGCGGCCUAUGAUGGCCAACAGGUGUAUGCGUCACCUCGUGCCGUUGUCUCGUAUAUCACGCAGACGAAUCAAAUUGAUCUGACACGCCGCUCUCCAUCUUAUGAGAAUCGCCUUUCAAAGUACUCCCACCGUGGAUUCGAAGUGUUCUGGCCUCAACUUGACCGGUCAAAGGUCGAUCCGACAAUUUUCGAAAGAAGCUUCAUGAGAACUGAAGGACUUGCACGGCUCUUGGUUCUCGAAAAGCUACCAAAGCCGAAUGAUCGAGACACUUAUUUGAGAAAGCGACGUGAAGAGCGCGGUCGACCGCCUCUCAGCCUUUAUCUACGACGUCGUCAAGGAAAAGAGUUGCACGGUAACAUCAAAGAUGACUGGGAAGACGAAGUACCGGAAUGGCAAGAAGAAGACCAAAUCUCGGACUACCACACCUUUACAAUUCCCUAUGGCCGAAGAUUCAACGCACGCAAAAUUGAGAAAUUGUUGUACACAAAGGAUCUUCUUCUGAACGCACAGUGGAAUCAGAAGAAGGAUCGCGAGGUAUAUCUUCAUCGCCACCCGGCCUUCUUUGGUGAAGCUGAGCAUGUCAUUGGCGACUGCUGUGGAUUCUGUCCGCAGCCAGUCACUGACGAGGAGCGAAAAAUAGCCGAAGAAGAGAGCAAGAUCUAUAUUUCUGGGAAGAUCAGCUUCAUCAAAGAUGAUCCGGGUCGGCAAGAAAUUGGCAGUUUCAACCCGAUCACCGAGACCGAUUGGACAGAAAUGGCAUAUGUCGGUCGUACUGAGCUGCUUUGCCAGGCCAUUGUGUCGCAUGACCUGGAAGCUGUGAAGCAAUUCCUUGACCAAGAGGACUCGGAUCCAGACCGCCGAGAUUACACUGGACGUACUCCCCUGCAACUGGCCUGCAUGUCAUCCACACCAGAAAUUGUGCAGUGUCUUGUGGACCGCGGUGCUAGACUGAUUGCUCGGAUGGCUGAUGGACAGACUGCAUUGCAUCUAGCUGCUGCUCGGGGUGCUACUGAGAUUGUUCGCAUUCUACUGACGAAGAGCAAUGAGAACGAGGAGGCAGAGAGCCGGAAAACAGAUGAUCAGAAACCUACGCCAAUGAACGUUGAUAGUCCGGAGGAUGAAGAUGCUGACGACGACGAGGAUGAAGACGACAUGGAUGCUGCGUCGCACACUUCUGCUUCGUUUGUCAAGGUGGACAAGGAGAAUGGAGACGAAUCGGCAUCCACCUUCGACACAAUUGAAGAGAAUGACAUGGACCCGGAUAUCUACGACAUCAACGUGACUGCAUGGGAUAAUCUCGCAUCGCCUCUGCAUCUUGCAAUUGUUCAUGGCCACGUGGAAACUGUCAAAGAGCUUGUCACUUCCUUCGGAGCCGAUGUCUUGUUGCCGAUCAAGAUUUUGGACGACUACAGCAAACAGCCAAGUGGUGCAAUCUUAACGCUGGUCUUGGUACUCGCUCUACCCUUGGACAAAGCGAGGGAGAUGUCACAGACACUCCUGAAGCUUGGUGCUUCACCUGCUCAGGCCGAUACUUCUCACUAUACGGUACUCCACUAUCUCGCCCAAUCCGAUUACAGUGACCUUCUCGAUGUCUACCAAGAACACGAUGGCCCAGCUAUGCAACGCGCCAUCAAUUAUUUGGCAGUAGAAGGUCCCUGGUAUAGCUCCAGCUACAACUUCUCCUCGGCUUUGGUGAAUGCUUUGUGUGCCAAGAAUCCUACCGGGGCCAAGAAGCUGCUCGAUUUAGGCGCAAAGCCAAGUCAUGAGCUUGGCGAAUGCUUGAAAGCCUUGAAGUCUCAGAUGCCCGACGCAAUGCGUUAUGGUGGAGAACAAAAGCUCGAAGACAAGGGUUCGAAGCAGCCCAUCAUUUUCGCUAUCGAAAACGAUCUACCUCUGGUGGCCAUUGACCUCCUGCAACGCGGCGUUGACCCAAACACCGAUCAUGAGCAACGACACGAUUUCCGUGAGACUGCUUUGGAUUGCACGAAGCGGUGCCUGAAAGAGCUGGAAAACUCUUUGAAGAACGAAUCACCCACGCGCCGCCCGUACGGAAUUCCUGAUGGUGUCAUUUUCGAGCAGGACGAGGAAUCUUAUCUGGCCGAUUUCCAAGAGGGAAGUUACAAGAUGUUUGCUGCAAAGGCUCAACUGAAGAAUGCCAAGGAAAACAACAAGAAGGCCGAAGAGUACGAGGAGAGUCAAAAGGACAAAGCACCUGAAGAGAAGCCCGGUGAGGCUGAAAAGAGACAGGCUGUUGCGGCACUGAUCAAAGACUACGAAUUGCUCAAGGCGGAAUUGCUGUCAAAAGAUGCAAAGACCUGGCAAGAGCUUCACCCCGGAGAAACCCAGGAUCCUGGACAUCGUCAAACCCGGAGAAAUCAGCAAAAGCAAAGCCCCAAGAAGAUAUUCAAGGUUGAAUUCUUCAGCUCAUUGGCGAGUCUUUCUGAUGUCGAACGUGAAGGAUACGAAAAACUGUUCGAGGCUGCAUGGAACGGAGAUCUUAACACCAUCGAGUCACUCACCCUGUCAAUGUGGGGACCCGCCAAAGAUCAAUUGCCCCUGCAAAUGUCCCGAAGCGAUGCUUUGGGAUUGACCUGUCUGCAAAUCUCAGUUAUGCGGGGUCACCUUCGCGUUGCCAAGGCUAUUUUGGGAAUUAUUCGGGUCCAGUACAAGGUAAAGGAGCCUGAAGCUCGGCAGCACUUUGAGAUGGAUAUCGAUACAGACGGCGAAUCUUCCGACGAUGAGGGCCUCAACAUUGUCGGUCAUACUGUGAAUGAGCAAUUCACCUACGAGAAUGUCGGGGAAGUCGCAAGCAAGGUUGAAAGUGACGUCUCGCCGCGUGUAGCGCUGCAGCGACUCUUCCGGCCCCGUCUUUUCUUGGAGGAGGAAGUUCCUGGUAAGGAAGACCUCCGACUCGUGGGGAUGAAUAAUUGGAGUGCCUCGUCUUAUUUGAUGGUCAACAACUUGUUCAAAUACGCCAUCUUCAAGAACGAUCUUGACCUGCUGGACUGGCUUUUGAAAACUGGACACGAGUGUGCAAGUACUGAUCCUGCCGACAAGACCGCAUUCACUCUGGGCCAAGAGGAACUCCAACUUGCGAUUCUUCUGGGUCACACAGACUGUCUCGGCUUGCUCAUCCAAGGCACUGCUGCUGGUCUUCCGCUCUUGAAGCUGAGCAAGGCCUCGGGAGUUGCCGCCCAGGAAGAGCCGGAGUAUUACCAGGGCUUGUCCAUUCGCGGUCAGAAACGCAAAGACUGGGCGGAUGCUGGGAGGCCGGAAAACGGCCAGUUGUCUCGCGGAUCCAAUGAGGCCGGCCGGCCGCCUGUUCUUAUUUCUGCGUUGCAGGGCAAAAUGGCUAGUACUGAGUGGCUUCUGGGUACGGCGCCUAGUCGCUACUACCUGGAGUAUGUGAAUGCGCACCUGGAGGAUGAGAAUAUCCAGAGACUGUCCCAGGCGAAGCUUGGCCUCGAAGCAUCUGUCUUGAAGUGGCUCCAGAAUCGGAACAACCUUGUGCUUCAUUGCGCAGUGAUGUCUCGUCCCUGCGACGAGUCAGAGCGACUGGUCCAGUAUUUGGUUGAUCAUCACCCCGAAUGCCUCGAAGUCAAAUCAUCCGAGGGACAUACCCCCCUCGCGCUGGCGGUUUCCCUUCACAGGUUGAGCUUCGCGCGCAUCUUGAUCCAAGCUGGUGCCAACCAAGCUGCUCGUGAUACUGAAGGAUGCAAUCUCCUGCAUUUGGUGCUAUGUUCCAUCUCGGGAUCCCCUGCCCGACACGCAGACAAGGUUUCUCAACUGAUCGACCUCAUGGACAAAGAACAUGUCUCUACCAUGCUCACCCAACGUGCCGGUGAAGGCUCGCGGACACCUUACGCACGCUGGCUGCAAAAGUACCCCGAUUUCGACAUUUCCACCGAAGCCCACUAUUCAGUGCCUAACCAGCCCUCGAACAAGGAAUCGACCAGCUCCAUCACCAAGCUAUUCCUGACUCUGGGCGAAUCCACCAACCAAAAGUAUCUGGAGCUCCUUGACGGCGCCGGAAACACGCCCGUGCACGAAUGUGUCAAGCGAGGCUUCCCUCAAAUCCUAGAACCAAUCCUUGACUCUCGACCAGACCUUCUGUACCGUGAAAAUGCCACGGGCAGCACGCCCAUCGACAUGGCGGUAGAUGCAUGGGUGAACGAGACCACUCGCACAGUCCCCAUGAUUGCGGUUUCUUCCAUGAAUCGUCGGCCAGAGUGGCAGAACAUUACCCAGCGUCAGCCGCAGUUCUUCAUCAAGGACAAGGACUGGAGAACCAAGGCGCAGAUGAUGGUGGAGGUCUGUCGAAAGCGGGCGCAGCAGAGUCCGCAGAAGAGAAGACUUGUGUCUCUGUUUGAAGCGAAUGAAGUUGCUAAACGGCUGGCUACGAAGGGAAAGGCUGGUGGGGAUGGUGAUGAUGAUUAUAAUGGGCACCGGUACGGUCGGUAUAGGCACCGGAGAGAGCGAGAGGAAGAUGAGGCGGAUGAGAAGCUUGACGAGGUUGCUUUGUGGCAAGGAUGGGCUGCGCAGUGGAAGUGA